AUGCCGGUCGGGGAUUCACAAACUCGUCUUGUGGAUAAUCUUGGCCUAGAUUUGAAUCCAUAUAAUAUUGUCCAAGGCAAAUCAUUCACCCGGUCUGUAUCCAUUAGUGAACCGACUUCAACUCCACCAGAGUGUUGUAUUACAUCACAUAAGAAUAGUUCGAUUAUCGGUGAUUGUCUACCGUCUAUACGAUCAGCCAGUGGUGAAGGCGGCAGUACAACAUCGGAUAUUUCCUUCUCCCCAUUCUCUUCUGCGGCUACAGCUAUUACGCCUGAAAGUCCCUUACCACCGGAUUCAAAUUGUUUCCAGUCAAAUCCCUUAGCUUCAAUAAUUGGUUAUUCUGACAUUGGUUGUGUUGAUUUUCCUGUCCAACAUUCGACCACGUCUACUAGUACUCCUGCGACCAUGAAUAUGUCUACUGAUAAUACUAAUAAUGAUGAUAUUGAUGCUCCAAUAAAUCAGCCUACUGACAAUUCACCUAAACCAAAUCAUUCAAAUAUUUUCAAUCAGUCAACUGAUCAUUAUCAACAAAAUACCUCCUCCUCGACCUCUUCUCCUUCCCUCUCUUCCUCUUUACGACAAUUUAAUGAUGAUAAUAAUAAUCAUGAUAGUAUCUACAAUUAUAAUGUACUAUUUCAAAAUCCAAUUACCUUGAGAACAAUAAAUUUUCUUUCACAUUUACUUGACUCACGUCUAUCCUCAGACUGGCGUUCACCUUUAGAAUAUUGGCAAAGAAAUACUAUUAAGUCGGAUUUAUCUUCAAGUAUUUCCCAGUCAUAUUCUUCUACAACCCCCAAUACCCUUACUACUGCUACUACUACUCUUACACCAACAAUUAGUUGUACAAAUAAUACAGAUUUUACUCGUUCAUCAUCAUCUGAUCAGGAAGUAUGCUCAGUGAAACGUUUCAAACCAAAUAGUUUAUCUCAGCCUCAAAAUGAAAUUCAACCUACAAGUAAUGAACCAUCUGCUACUACCAAUGCCACCACACUACCAUCCACUUCUCUUGUAUAUCAUCAAUCUCAUCAGUCAGUUCCGUCAACAUUUAUAUCUGCACGAUUAAUUCUAUGCGCCAGAAAUCUCGCUGACCAUUUUGAGUCUAGAUAUCGUGAUAAAUUGGGCAGUUUGUUAGAAGAUGUAGAGCGUUUAAAUAGUAAUUCCAAUAGUGAUAAUAUUAAUCAUAAUAUAGAUGAUCAAAGUUGUACAGAAGAUACAAACAAAACGACAAUGGUUAGUGUUAAUGAUAAUGUUACUAAUGUGCGUGAUACCAACACAAGUGUAAAGAGUGAUAGUAGGAUUGAUGAUGGUGAUGCCAGCGGUACUGCUAGUCAUGUGAGCGAUGAUUCACUUCAAACUCGUUUAGAAAUGGCACGAUGUCAAUUUCAUAGUGUUCUAGAAGAAUUAUUUCUUGAGCGUAUUAACUGGGGUCGUAUAAUUGCAAUGUUGGCAUUUUUGCGAACAUUAUGUGAAGUUGUUGAAGAGAACAAUAAACAUAUGAAUUAUUCAGUUUCACAUCAGUCAGCUCCACAGUCUCAUGAUGUUUCCAAGACAACUGAUUUGCCUAUUAUUUCUUGUGAACAACUUGAGCAUAAUGAUGAUGUUACAUCUGAUUAUAAUAAACAGUUAUCUUCUAGUGAUCCAUCUGCUUCCGGCAGUGAUAAAAAUACAGAUAAAAAAUUACAAGAUAAAGAUUUGGAAACUUCCUUGGAUCCUUAUCAGUCAAAUGUUAGUAACUUACAUUUAAUGUCGUUCACAAGACCUUGUGCAGCUGAUUAUACUUUGUGGACGGCUGGGUUUAUAUAUGGUCCCCGAGGACUUUGGAAUUGGAUAUCAUCUCAUGGAAAUUGGGAGGGACUUAUUAAUUUUGAAUCACAACGUGAUGAAACUGACCGAUCAACAGUAACCUCAACAGCAAUGGGAAAUAAUAGUCUAAUUGGUUUAGUCACUGGUAGUUUCACCGAUGAUGAUACGUUACGUUCACUUCGAAACGCCUUGACUAGUGUAGCAACAAUUGCUGUUGGAGCUGUCGGCCUAGUCGCUGCUUAUCGUUUUUUGAGUAGACGCUUAUAA